GUUGUCGAAUUCUUAGAAAGUAAAAUGGAAGUCUUGAACAUUGAAGAAGGCGAUGUCAAUAAGUUCGUUGAGAUUCCAGACCCAAACUUCUUUAAUUUGACUGAGGAAAUGCUUACUCAAGAAACUGGUAAUUUUGGUCUGAAACAUGCAACAGCAGAUAAUAUCUCAAGCGUCGUUGGUGCACUCAACAUACUUCAUGAGACCGAGAAUAAGCUCAGAAGAUUUGAUUUAUCUCUUGAAUCAGCAGUUAUACUGGUUAGGAAUCUCGAGUCAGAACAAAGAUUACUAACUGAAACCAUUUUAAAUCAUCAUCUUAAAAAUGUGCAUAUAGGCGAUGAAGGAACUCGCUGGAGAUUUAAGGAGAAGUUAGCAUUAUUAGAAGCCAUACUUGGAGUACAUGCAGAAGCGAUGAUGCUUGCAGAAAUCAUUGGAAG